AUGGGCUGUACUGAAAUAAUAAUAAUAAUAAUAAUAAUAAUAAUAAUAAUAAUAAUAAUAAUAAUAAUAAUAAUAAUAAUAAUAAUAAUAAUAAUAAUAAUAAUAAUAAUAAUAAUAAUAAUAAUAAUAAUAAUAAUAAUAAUAAUAAAUGGAGCUCGCGGCAUUGUUUCCACCGUCGGGCUAGCCUACUGCGGAAUUCAUCAUGAGGUCACAUCGGUGCAGCGCGCCGCAGCCUCAGCUCCCCUCGCCAACCCUGCGUCUCUCGUCGCCAUGGCGCCGCUCCGCGCGUCUCGUCCCGCGCUUCAAGCCGGCCUCGCCGCAAUCCUCGCGGCUGCUGGCCUCAUUGCCGCCGUCUUUCUCCUCCCUUCCGCAGAAGCCAGCGCCUCUGUCGUCUUCGACUCCGUGGUGGCAUUUAAAGGCCCAAUGAGAACAACGGACAACGCCAGCCUGGUUUUCUACAAUGCUGUGUGCGACGACGUGGAUCGCAGCGUGUUCGCAAAUAAGAGCCAAGUCAGCGCGGAGAUCGCGUGGGACGGCUUCGAGCGCGCGGAUCGCAAGUGCAGCAGCAUCUCCUUCCACUCCGCGCCGGGUUGCGCAGGACGCCCCUACAUGACGUACCUGCGCCCUCCGUGGAAUAUCACUCACGUUCCCACCACGUGGAUGCUCUCUUCCGCCGACUUGCCAGCGUCAGCGAGAUGCGAGGAGGGCUGCGCUGUCGACUGCGGGUCCACUGCUAGGUGCAUCGUGAGGAACAACACGAACCAGUGUGUGUGCCCUGGGUCUCUGGUCUUCGACGUCAAGGCGAGGCGCUGCCUUGAUGGGCCGGCCUCGAUUAGCGAGGAACCCCUGCCAGCCCGGGACCCCUGUGCGGCCAUGAUGUGUCCGGUUAAUGCAUUUUGCGCGGUAAGGAACGGUACAGGGAGCUGCAAAUGUAGCCCUGGUUACAUCAAGAAGAACGGUCUCUGCAAUGCUGUGUGCAAGCCCACCUGCCCCCGCAACGCCGAGUGUGCAGUGGUGGCCGACACGCCUAUGUGUCGUUGCAAGACCGGCUAUAAUGAGACAGGACACACCAGCUAA